AUGGCGGCCCUGUGUACAUCAGGGUUUAGCAGGUGGAUGGUUCUGGUGCUGAUAGCUACGACGGCAAAGGAGGUGGCUGGAAAAGGUCUCCAUCUGUUUGAGGCAGACAUUAAGUACCACGGACCGCCGAACUCUCGUAAUGCCCUCAAAGACCCAGCCCUGUUGUGGGAUUAUAAGGAGAUCCCAUACGUCAUCAGGCAGGGUGAUUACUCUGCAUCUGAGGUGUCACUUAUCCGAAGUGCCAUGGAAGAGUUCCAUCAACAUACGUGUGUACGAUUCGUACAGAGAAAUAGCGAGAAGGACUACCUACAUAUCCAACGACUAAAGGGAUGCUGGUCAUUUAUUGGUCAGAGGCAUGAAGGUGCUCAGAACGUGAGUAUCGGUAAAAACGAGAGUCUCCGUACAACCUGUGUGCAGAAUGGAGUCAUCGUUCACGAACUGAUGCACGCUGUGGGCUUCUGGCACGAACAUUCACGGCCGGACAGGGACACCUGGGUCGAAAUUCUUUGGAAUAACAUCAUAAAGGACGAAAAGCACAACUUUAACAAGCGCACGGAGGACGAGAGCAGUACACUUGAUCUGCCGUAUGACUAUGGUUCCGUCAUGCACUACGGCAACACGUUAUUUAGCGUUAACGGGCAGCCAACUAUCAGGGCGCUUUUCCCAUUCACCGGCACUAUGGGACAGAGAGACGGCAUGAGUGCAGGAGACAUCGAGAAGAUCAACACGCUCUAUAAUUGUGACACCCAGAAGUGGAGGACCGAUGGCCGCUGUGGCUCUCUCUUCCCAGCUCCAGGAGCGACACCUGGCGAGUGUAACCCGCACGGCCAGUUCCCGUGCUGCUCUGCAAAUGGAUAUUGUGGAUCUGGGACAGACUUUUGCGACUGCCCAGGGUGUGUUGACUUCACCAGCGAACUUGGAUGCCCUACGGUUGUCCUGUACGGCUCCCACACGGUACAGAGCUCUAGGAUGACGUCCUACACCAUGACGGGAGACACUCACGAGGGCCGACCCGUGUAUUACAGCAGUGUCGUCUGCAACUACCUGUAUUACACGGGCGACAGUAUCCUUGAGUGGAGGGUGGGGUCGCAGGUUGGGAACAGGGACGUGCGCGUCAGAGACUCCCACCUGUACGCUGACGAGAUCACCGGGACAUUUCUUCUGUGGAACGGCCAGGAGUGGGUAGAGAACCCGGAUGUAAAGAUCGCCUGCUCUGAUGACGUCCCAGCUGGCGUUGUAGUUCCACAAUCGGUAGGAUGUGCUACAAUCUGUACAAGGGUCAGUCUGCAAGGCGAUGCCAACGUCCGACAUCCCAGCAUAACGACCUACACCAGAACAGACCAGACCAGUGGCGGCAGACCUGUCUACGUUAGUGACACAGACAGCCAGUUCUUUCUCUUCUUCGUCGAAGACUACAAGCUGUGGCUCGUAGGUCCCACGAUCGGACGCGACUUCGGCAACGCUCAUGUCAAGGACUCCGCCACGACGCCUGACCAGAUUAGGUCCCAGUGGCAGCUGUGGGACGACAGUCAGUGGCAAUUCAUUCCGUCAGUUCAUGCAAGCUGUGUCAUCUGUCAGGAUCCGCUUGGGGUGGAGUCUGGUGCCAUACCUGAUGCCAGCAUCACUGCAUCCAGUAACGCCAUUUUUCGACCGUCCUACUACGGGCGUCUGAGACAACUUGUGGUUGGUACGGCUGGGGUGGACCAACUGAUCCUGUACGUGACGAGCAUCUUCAUCUGCGGACAGGCGGACAGAACACUGGAGCAAUGUAGGAAGAAGAAGAAGCUACAGCUCUGA